AUGAAUGAAAUAGUAGUUACAAACAGGAUUGAGGAGAUUGAUUCGAAUUCAAUGAUCGUUGAUGAGAACAGUUCAGUAUUUGUAGGUAAAGAUGAUAUUCCGGUCGCCGGUGAAUGUAUUUCGCCGAUUGCGUUCGAUGUUCCGUGUACAAAUUUUGUCGACGAUAAUGAGUAUAUUCCAGAUGAUUUUGACAAUUCGAUUGCUGUUGAUGGUACAUCUGAACAUGUUAUUGUUGAAGAGUCAGCUAUUCCAGAUGAUUUUGACAAUUCGAUUGCUGUUGAUGGUACAUCUGAACAUGUUAUUGUUGAAGAGUCAGCUAUUCCAGAUAAUGAAGAAUUGUUGGGACUGUCUGUUGGAUCAAUAGAAGAUGCAUUUGGUAAAUACAAUGAUUAUGCGUUUCGUAUGGGAUUUAGUGGUAGAAAGGGCAAACAAUAUUAUGUUACUGGCACUCGGAUUUUGAAGACGAAAGUGUGUUGUUAUUCUAAGUCUGGUUUUAGAAUAAUACCAGACAAUCCUAAUAAGUGUUACUCAAAGAUAGUUACUAGGUCUGGAUGUAAUGCAAUGUGUCAAUUUGAUAUAGAUUCAAAUGGGAAAUGGGUUAUUACUAAACAUGUGAAGGAGCAUAACCAUGAACUGUGUCCGGCUUCAUCAAGUUAUAUGCUUAGAUCGCAUAGGAAAGUGUCUGAGAAUCAGCUGACAUGUUUAAAAAACAUGAAGAGGAGUGGGGUCCCCUUAUCGGAUGGUAUUCGCUUCUUAAAAUGCCAGUCAGGGGGGUCACCGUUUGUUGGAUUUACUCCUAGGGAUGCGUAUAACAUGAUAUCUUUAGAUUCGGCAAAGCAUUUAGAUGACACUGAUUCUAAUAGCUUGAUUGAGAUAUUUAGAAGGAGACAAAUGGAUGAAUCUGAUUUCUAUUUUGAAUUUGAACUUGAUGAGGAUGCACGGCUGUGUAACUUUUUCUGGAGGGAUGGUCAAAUGAAGGCUGAUUAUGAUUUGUUUGGUGAUUUAGUUGUACACGAUACAACAUACCGUACAAAUAGAUAUGAUAUGAUAUGUGCCCCUUUUGUAGGCAUGAAUCAUCAUUGCAUGAAUGUGAUGUUUGGUUGUGGGUUUUUACUCAAUGAGAGGAUAGAGUCGUUUGUUUGGUUGUUCAAAGUAUUUGUACGAUCAAUGGGUGGUAAGCAUCCUCAAACAAUAAUGACUGAUCAGUGUGCUGCCAUGGCUGCUGGAAUCGCACAAGUAUUUUCGAAUUCAAAUCAUAGGCUUUGUAUAUGGCACAUUGGGGAGAAUUCGAAGAAGCACAUAAAAAGUCUGAGAAAUAAAAAAGGUUUCUUAGAGCUUUUCAAUUUUCUUUUGAAGUACACUGACACCGAAGCUGAAUUUGAGUUUUAUUGGACCAGGAUGAUGACAGAAUAUGGGUGCCAUCAAAAUGUUUGGUUAAAUAAGCUAUAUUCUAUUAGGGAGAAAUGGUGUCCUGCAUUUAGUAAAGAAUAUUUCUCUGAUGUUUCUGAGUGGAGAAGUAGGGAAAACGGUGAAAAUGUGCGUUGUUCACAAGGGUUGGCACCUAUGGUGAUGAAUCAUGUGAAGCUCCUUUCACAUGCUAGGGACAUAUACACUAUUGAGAUAUAUUAUCUUUUUGAGGAACAGUUUUUGAAAGGGACUUCAUGCCAUCAAGAAUCUGUUGGGGGAAGUGGUAAUGAGAUAAAGUAUCAUGUGUGGCGUCCUGACGUUGAUCUCAUUCGUCAUGAAGUGUGUUUCAAAGUGAAUGAUUUGGAUAUAUCUUGUAGCUGUAUGUUGUUUUCAGAGAUGGGUAUUUUAUGCUCACAUUCUUUACGCAUUUUUAAUGUCCACUGUGUUGCAGCAAUACCAGAUAAGUACAUUAUCAAAAGAUGGGCCAAAAAGGGUAUUGAAGAUAGAAUAAUAAGCAGUGAUAGUUCCUUGAAUAUUCUUAGCAUUGCGUCAUCUGUUUGGGUUAUUCAAAUGGGUAGGAAGUUUCAGCAGUUAGUUUUAUCCAGCCAAGCAAAUUGCAAGGCUCGGGAAGUGUGUGAAAAUGCUUUUGAGGAUGCUAGGAGGAAGGUUGAAGGUGAUAUUGGUCCUAUUGUCAUUGAAGAUGGUGAAGAACGGAUAGCUGGUGUAAUUCAAAAUCCAGCACGUAAUAGGGCGAAAGGUGAACACAAUAGGAGGCAUAUUAGCACAAUUGAAAAAAAGUAUAACCAAGUGAGAGGGCGGAAGUUGGGUGUCAAGGUUGCUGAAAUGAGUACAAAGGCUGCAGUGCAGGCAUCUGUUGAAGGAGUUGUUGCUAAUAUUGUUGGCAGUGGUUAUUUUGUUCACCCCUCUAGCGGCAGUCACGAGUUAGGUUUGGUUAAAUCUAGUUGA